GCAGGAAGUGGCGCGCAACUGUUGAAAAACUGUCACACAACAAACUGACUUGAAGGUUUUGAUGCUGUUGAACGUCGUGAAGUUGAAAGUAUCAGCUUUAAAACCUGUUUAAGGGACUCUUCUUGUUACUCACCGUGGCUCUGAGUCUUUAAAUAUGUCGUUUGUGAGAGUUGGGCGUCCACAGCAGUACAGCAAAGGAAAAAGGCCUGUUCGUCCAAAGAAAGCAGCAGCAGUUCCCAGAAGAGAGUGGGUGAGCACUGUCAAUGACCUGUCUGUGCACAAGCCUACACCUGCAGAGCUGAGUCAUCGGCAUGAGAUUCACAAAUCUCACAACAAGGCUGCAGCUCAGUGGGAGCUCAAAGAAAAGGCCCUGAAACGCCGUUUCAGACAUGCAGGUAGCCCUGGACCUCUGGACCAGGCCAGCCUCAGCAUCAUCAGGGAGGUUUUCUCUGAUCAGCUUCUGCUGCAGGAUGUGCUGGCCAGAUCUGACAGAGCCAUGGCUGUAGUCAAGGACCUGUUUGGAGAUGCUCCACGCAGACACACUGGACAUCCCAGUGUGACCAUGGCUCCAAACUGUGACUCUGACUCUGAACUGCCUGUUCUCCAGAGACCAGAUCCUCCAACUCAUCUGUCCCUCCUCAGCCAGUCUAUGAUGGAUCAAGAGGCACUUAAUGAAUUAGAAGCUUCAGAAGAAGACCAUAAACACAUAAAUUCCCAUCCGUCUGGCAGUUCAGAAUAUAAUGUAAUCCGAAGGACCAAUGUAAGAAAAAUGAAAAAACAGACUGGGGGUAGAGUGAUGGAGGAACAGAAAGUCCAUCAUCCCAACUAUCACCAUGGAGAUGAGGAUAAUGUUCCAAUGACCCCCUGCACAUCAGGCAGAGCACCAGACCAAGCAGCUCUCAAUGCCACAGUGGCUGUUCAGCGUGUUCGGUCCAAACAGAGUCAGUCUGAGGAAGGCAACGAGGAUCAUUCAGUCCUGGUUUCUCAAGUCCUGAAUCCUGAACAGCCUCUCAGCCAGUCAGGACGGAUCAGAAGUCACACCAGCAGAACCAGAAAGUGUGUUUCUCACAGUUCACAGCUGGAUGGCUCCUCUGUCGCCUCUCUCAGUGGGGACCAGUCCAGUCUGGGGCUGCUGCAGUCCAUGCUGGGUCAGGUGGAGGCAGACCUGGAUGCUCUGAGUCCUGACACAGAACCAGCAUCCGCACAGAGUCCGAAACAGCAGAGAACACAAGGCCUCACGGGAUUCUCUGUCGCCUUGGUCACCACAAUCGGACGUUUAGUGCAUCUUCUCAAACAGAGAGAAGAUGAAGCUCAGAAAGAGGCCGAGGAGAGAAGAAGACUGGAGGAGGAGCUGAAAGAGCAGCGAGGGCUUAUUGAUGCUCUCACUGCUGAAAUCAUGACUCUGAGAGAAGAGGCUGCUGCCCUGCAGGCAGGGUUGCAGCAGCGGACAGCAGAGCUGGAGCAGAAGUUGGACACAGUGGUGUUGGUGAUGGGAGGUCUGGGACUACUGGGGGAACACAGCAGCCAACCACAAGACUCUGAUGUCCAAGCUGCAGUUUCUCAGUCUGCACCUGUUGCUGAGCGAAUUUGUGAGAGACUUCCUGAGGAAACACAAGUUUCUGUUCCUUCUGCUGUCCUGCUGUCCCCACCUCGACAGACUGACAACUGGCAACACGUUUCUGUGACUCAUCCUGUGCCACAGCAUCAUCAGCUUAAUCCUGUAGAAACCCCGCGUUCCUGUGAGGACUUCCAGGCUCAUGGCUCAGCCUCUAGUCUCAACAGUUUACCACUCACCAGACUCACCUCCGCCUCGUCACUGUCACAGAUCUCCGACCCUCUCAGCGCACACCUCUCUCCAAGUGCAAUGCUUGCUGAGAUCGCUCAGCUGAACAGACAGAAUGACCUGAUCAGGGCUCAGCUCAGCCAGGUGAAGGGCCUCGAGUCAAAGGUCGGAGGAUCGCUGAACAGUAGCAGCGAACGUAGGAGCUCGAGCUCCAGCAGCACAAGCAGAGUCACAGCUCAGAGUGUUGGAGAAAGAAGGAGGUGUGGGUCCAGCAGCAGCACAGGCAGAUGGAGCCAGAAAAUCCAGACUCCUGAGAAAGAGCAGCUGACUCAACAGGCAACAUCAUCUAACAGCCUGAGUGCAAACAGUGUGGAGCAGCGCCUCCUGGAGCUGAACAGACAGAGCGCAGCAGCCAGGGGUCGACUGCUGGACCUUAUUGAGCAACAGAAGCAAAAUGUUUCAGCCAGAGUGUCUCCCUCAGUCUCCCCCAUCCCUCCAUCUGCUUUCAGCCCAAAUACAGCAGCUGAAGGAGGAAGUCGAGAGGUGUUGCCUGAACAGGAGCUCUGGUCCCAUGGCGCUAGUGAGAGACGAUAUGCUGGUUCUAAUGUGUCUUCUCACAGCUUUGGAAGAGAAACCAGCCAUGGCAAAACACAGAUGGACAAGCCGAGAGAACGAGAAGGAUGGUUUGCCUUGUCUGCACAUGUGAGAUGACGGGAGGGACAACCGAACAAACUUGAGGACCUUUAGUUAGAAAGCUGUGAUUUUAGUAUUUUAUCUAUGUUUUUUGACUGCAUUAAAUUGUCUAACAUUUUUUUAACUUUUUUGUGACUUUUGGGUUUUUUGUCCAGGUUUUUUUUGUGCCAGACUUCUAAAUAUCUUUGCUUUGUAGUGAGAAUUUUAGAUGCAUGAUUAGUCAUACUUUUUUUUAAAGUUAAACUGUGGAUUGGGAUGAUAGGUAUCGUUCUCCAAAAGAAGAUGCUCACAUUAGUUAUAGCAGGGUUUUUCCUGCACAGAGAAAUUUUAUCACCAACACCAAAGUGAUAAGAGGUAAAAAAAAAAACAAAAAAAAAACAUUAUUUAUAGUCAUGUCUUUUUAACCAGUAUGGCAAUUGAAGCUUCCUUAAGCAUAGAAAAUAUUUUUGUUUUUUUGUUUACCAAGUAGACCCCAGCACAAAACAAGUCUUAAUUAUUACAAACCUAUUUGCUGUCAGUAAUACAGCUCUUGUUUUAUUGAUGAAUCUAAGUUAAGUUUCUGUGGUUUGUAUGCUGUCAGUUAAAUGUCUUUGGCUUCAUCUUUUAUUUGGUGAACAGCACUUUGUGUUCCAAAAAUAUGCCUCUUGUAAACUUUAUAUUAUGCUUUGUAUGUGAAAACCACAUACAUUAUAUAUCUGUGAGUGAUAUGUAAGCAAAUAGAGUAUUAUAUUCACAGGUCCUGUUUUCACUCAGGCUAAUUGAGAUCUACUAAUUUUCUCUGAUGUCUGCUGAACUUAUAGCUUCAAAUUUCACAAUAUUUUUCUAACUGUGCCUGGUCAAACUGUUUGUCUCUUUGUUUCUGGGGCUGUGGUUUGGUUAUUCCACAACUUUGAAAUAUGUUUUACUUGACUUAGAUUCAAUUUCAGUCUAUUUGUGUUUUUCAAACUGAGAUAAAAGCUACAUGCCGACAAGCCAUGAAGAAAAAAAGGAGCCGGAGUGAGAGUGUGGAGGAGGAGCAAAAUAAAAUAUUGUCUCCUGUGGUUA